UUUCAUCAACUGUCAUUGCCUUUAUCUCUCUGUUCACUGUUCAGAGAUUCAGGAAGAAGUGGAGGGAAGUGAGAGGAAGAGAUGACAACUGUACAGUUCUUCCCUCCUCUAUCUUCUCUUAGAGCCCAUAAUUUUUCUUUCACUUCCACUCGAUUGGUCUCUCCCUUCAACUGUUCUAAGUCCACUACCAUCAAUUCCGUAUCUGUAAACAGAUACCCUCUUUUGAGACAAUCCCAAUUCUUGUUCUUCGCAAAAAACCCUAGUCUUAUAGGGUUUAACAUCUCUAAUCGCGGAAUUUGUUCGCCAAGAAUCAAAUGUAAUGGAAUCAAAGACGCUAGCGAGGAGACUAAACCAUUACUGAAGUUGGAGAGCGGUGGUGGCGGCGAUGGGGGUGGAGAUGGAGGAGAAGACGAUGACGAUGGUAGUAAGGCUGACCAGAAAAGUGGCCCUUUGCCUGAAUGGUUGAAUAUAACCUCAGAUGAUGCUAAGACGGUUUUUGCUGCACUUGCGGUGUCCCUAGCUUUCCGAACGUUUAUAGCUGAGCCUCGCUUUAUUCCUUCCUUGUCUAUGUACCCGACAUUCAAUGUUGGAGACAGACUUGUUGCAGAAAAGGUUUCGUACUAUUUCAGAAAGCCAUGUCCGCAUGACAUUGUGAUUUUCAAAAGCCCACCGGUGUUGCAGGAGGUAGGAUAUACUGAUGGAGAUGUAUUUAUCAAACGUAUUGUGGCAAAGGAAGGUGAUGUUGUGGAGGUUCAUGAUGGAAAGUUGAUGGUAAAUGGUGUUGUAAUAAAUGAAGAUUUCGUCCUCGAGCCACCUUCAUAUGAUAUGGCCCCUACUCGCGUACCUGAGAACUCGGUCUUUGUAAUGGGGGACAACCGCAACAACAGCUAUGAUUCUCAUAUAUGGGGUCCUCUUCCAACCAAGAAUAUCAUAGGAAGAUCAGUCUUUCGGUAUUGGCCUCCUAAUAGGAUUGGCGGCACAGUUCUUGAGGGUGGCUGUGCUGAUACAAAGCAGGAGAGCCCGGCAUCCUAAUGACGACCUAGCUUCCAUACAUUAGAGAGCAUUGCUUUUGCGGUUGUCGAUGUUAUCCAUUUGUUGUACCUUGUGGAAGCAAAGAAGCCAUUUUCUCAUUAAGGUUUCUUUUAUUUAAUGAAGCCUUUUUUUUUUUUUUUAAUCAUGUACAAUGGUCCUAUUGAUGUUCAUUAUUUAAGUAUGACAUUGGCUCUC